ACCGGGCUUCCGUACAAGGGUCAAGUGGAGAGAGAAAAAUAAAGUAAUGAGAUUUUAUAAGGAUUCCACUUACACCAACAUUUUACUAAAAGGAGUAAGUAAUUCGAUCGAAGCAGCAGUUUUUCAAAAAAAUUUUAAAGUUUACGAUUCUUCAAGACCCGGAGCAGUAGCUUUCUGAUUUCGCUGACCGUAAUGGCAAAAUCUUAAUUUCGCUGUUCAACAACUUUGAAGAGGGUUUUUUUUUAUUGGUGUGUAUACCUUUAAUACUCGAGGAUAAGUAAAUCCUUAAAAGUGAAGUACAAAGGAGUCCAGUUGACGGGUUUUUUAGUUUGUCGUUCAGCCGAUUACGGUUUGAUGAAUGUCUGAAAGUGAUUGCGACGGAGCGAACGAAUACACCAGCCUGAUGGACGGUCAUGUUGCAGCCGAUACGGGCAACGCAGCCCUUGCUGUGAAACGCAAAAAAGCCAGCUCCAAAGUUGCCAGUAGCAUUGAGAUGGAAAAUGGAGUUCCUGAGGUGCACAUCGAAGAUGGUAGCAGCAGCAGGAGAGGAAGAGAUCAGCCGGAUCGUUCCAACAAUCCACCCAGCCAUCCUGGUCAUCUAGAUCAGAGCGAGCAGGACGAGUUCGAGGAAGAACUUAAAUAUGGAGCCGUUCAUGUCAUUAAACUAUUUGUUCCUGUGUCUCUGUGUAUGUUAGUCGUCGUAGCCACAAUUAGUUCAAUAGAAUUUUAUACUAGUAAAGAAAUUUAUUUAGUGUACACACCAUUUCACGAGGAAACUAAUGAUUGGGGUACCAAAGCUUGGCAAGCUGCUGCCAAUGCAUUGAUAUUACUGUGUGUAGUUGUUGUGAUGACCAUUGUUUUAAUUAUUUUGUACAAGUAUAGGUUUUACAAAACCAUCCAUGCCUGGUUGAUCCUGAGCUCUUUGAUUCUACUCUUUAUGUUUACAUCUCUGUAUUGCGAAGAAAUAUUGAAAGCCUACAAUAUACCGAUGGAUGUUAUAACAUUAUUCAUAUUUAUUUGGAACUUUGGAAUUGUAGGCAUGGUAUGCAUUCACUGGCAGGGUCCUUUACAGCUACAACAAGGAUAUCUCAUAUUUAUUGCUGCCUUAUUAGCUCUUGUUUUUAUCAAAUAUUUGCCAGAAUGGACAGGUUGGGCCAUCUUGGGAGUUAUUAGCAUUUGGGAUUUGAUAGCAGUAUUAACACCGAAAGGCCCACUCAGAAUAUUGGUCGAAACAGCUCAAGAACGAAACGAAUCGAUAUUCCCUGCUCUGAUUUACUCGUCCACUGUUAUGUACGCGUUUACAAUGAACUUUACUGGCUACGUGGUGGCGGCAACAAUGACGAGUGGUGAUGCUGCUGCUGGUGACAGCAUAUCGUCACCUGCCAGAGUUCAGACGCAAAAUCGAAACAAUUCGGUAUCCAGUGAAACUGAAGAUGGUGGGUUUACAAGAGAGUGGAUUGAAACCCACGCCGAUCGCAGCGCUCGCAGGGCCGCAGAAGUCAGAGAACACGCUCGGUCGGGCUUACGGCAGGGUGAACCAGGUACUCAAAUGACAUACAGUCAACAACAAAUGAAUAUGCAAGAGGAAAAAGGCGUGAAACUCGGACUUGGAGAUUUUAUUUUUUACGGCGUGCUUGUUGGCAAGGCUUCAAGCUAUGGCGACUGGAACACGACUCUGGCCUGCUUUGUCGCUAUUUUAAUUGGACUGUGUUUAACGCUGUUGUUGUUGGCAAUAUUCAAGAAAGCUUUGCCUGCUCUGCCAAUUUCCAUAACAUUUGGUUUGACCUUUUAUUUCGCAACACGCGUAAUCGUUGCCCCGUUCACAAACAGUCUCGCUAGUGAACAGAUAUUUAUUUAACUUUUAUUUACUUUUUUUAUACAAUAAAGUGAAGCUCUAACUUAAUUAGGUAAUACUGCGACGUAUAAAAAGAUCAUUAAAAGGACUUACUCUACUAAUAGUGUUAAGCGCGUUAUGUCUAUAAAUAACAAAACUUUUUUUAUUCCAUUUAAAGUAUAAAAAUAUUUUGAAGACUGUUUCUUCCGU